AUGCUAACCACUGACCUCUCCAUUCCUCCCUCCCUCGGCAGCAUCAUGUCGGUGAACGCCCCCAGCAGCAAUGAUGCCUGCCUGAGCAUCGUGCACAGCCUCAUGUGCCACCGGCAGGGCGGCGAGAAUGAGGGCUUCGCCAAGCGCGCCAUCGAGAGCCUUGUGAAGAAGCUGAAGGAGAAGAAGGACGAGCUGGACUCACUCAUCACCGCCAUCACCACCAAUGGAGUGCACCCCAGCAAGUGUGUCACCAUCCAGAGGACCCUAGACGGACGCCUGCAAGUAGGUCAUACAGUAGUAAAAAGAGAGGGACAUUAUGAAAAUAUUGCCCCAAGUCUUUCUCUGUGAUAUAGGCCUGUACUGUGUACACAUGCACUACUUACAUGUCUCUCUAUGUGCUAUAGAUGACCCAUCUGCAGGUGUCCAUAUACAUGAAUGAAUACUCAAUAUAUUGUGCAAAGUCUAUAGUAUAAAUUAUAUAUUGUGUAUUCAUUCAUGUAUAUGGACACCUGCAGAUGGGUCACCUAUAGCACAUAGAGAGACAUGUAAGUAGGGCAUGUACACAGUACAGGUCUAUAGCCUAGCUAAAGCGGGUGUCAGGUAGCCUAGCGGUUAAGAGCAUUGGGCCAGUAACCGGAAGGUUUCUGGUUCGAAUCCCUGAGCCGUCUAGGAAAAAUCUGCCAAUGUGCCCUUGAGCAAUGCACUUAACCCUUAUUGAUCAUGUAAGUUGUCUGUUAAAUGACUAAAAUGCAAACGUAAUAUCACAGAGAAAGACUUAGGGCAACAUUUUCAUAGAGCAAAAGCAUUGUGCAAAAAAUUGCAUAAACCUCAUUAUAGUCUGGCAGUGUGAUUUAAUUUGAAACUUGUCUUCAACAAUGUGCGAUAUGAGGAGGCGAUUAUUUAACUACAGUUUAGUAAACUGAGAAAUACAUAAAUAGACCAUUUAUGUAUGUCAUGACACUGUGAAACCUACUGUGAAACCUCUCAAGGAGUUUCUCCUUGCCGCUGUUGCCCUGGUUUUUUGUGGGAGGUAUUGUACUGAAAGACAUGAAAAAUCUUUAAUGAUGAUAGGCAACAUGGAAACGUACAGUGCUAUGAAAAAGUAUUUGCCCCCUUUCUAAUUUUCUCCACUUUUGCAUAUUUGUGAUACUGAAUGUUAUCAGAUCUUCAACCAAAACCUAAUAUUAGAUAAAGGGAACAUAAGUGAAUAAAUAACACAACAAUUACAUAUUUAUUUCAUAAACAAAGUUAUGCAACAACCAAUUCCCCUGUGUGAAAAAGUAAUUGCCCCCUUACACUCAAUAACUGGUUGUGCCAUCUUUAGCUGCAAUGACUCCAACCAAAUGCUUCCUGUAGUUGUUGAUCAGUCUCUCACGUCACUGUGGAGGAAUUUUGGCCCACUCUUCCAUGCAGAACUGCUUUAACUCAGUGACGUGUGGGUUUUCAAGCAUGAACUGCUCAUUUCAAGUCCUGCCACAACAUCUCAAUUGGGAUUAGGUCUGGACUUUGACUAGGCCAUUCCAAAACUUCCAAUUUGUUGCUUUUUAGCAAUUUUCAUGUAGACUUGAUUGUGUGUUUUGGAUCAUUGUCUUGCUGCAUGACCCAGCUGCGCUUCAGCUUCAGCUCACAGACGGAUGGUUUGACAUUCUCCUGUAGAAUUCUCUGAUACAGAGCAGAAUUCAUGGUUCCUGCUAUUAAGGCAAGUCGUCAAGGUCCCGAGGCAGCAAAGCAUCCCCAAACCAUCACACCACCACCACCAUGCUUGACCUUUGGUAUGAUGUUCUUACAUUUACAUUGACAUUUUAGUCAUUUAGCAGACGCUCUUAUCCAGAGCGACUUACAGUUAGUUCUUACUGUGGAAUGCAGUGUUUGGUUUAUGUAAUUGUUGUGUUAUUUGUUCACUUAUGUUCCCUUUAUCUAAUAUUAGGUUUUGGUUGAAGAUCUGAUAACAUUCAGUAUCACAAAUAUGCAGAAGUAGAGAAAAUUAGAAAGGGGGCAAAUACUUUUUCAUAGCACUGUAUAUAUCUUUGCCUCGAUACAGCUAAAUGCUAAACUCUUUCAUAGACUUUACCUGGAAACAGUGUUGGAUAAUGCUACAGGGCAAUAGUCAAAUGAGGAGUUGCUAAUUUAUGUGGAUGCUAUGAGGUUUCAGUUACUUAAGCCUUGCUAAUGGUGGCUAAUGCUGCAAAGUUACUAGGCAGCAGACUGUACUCACUGAGGCUAACACUAUAGAGUUACUGACAGCUGGAAGUCUCACGACUUACAUUAAACGCUAAACGUGUUAGCUAACAGCCAGGUUUUGCUAAUGUGGCUAGUGCUAUAGUAGUGAGACAAAGGGAUACUUGAUAAUAGUAGCUAACACCUCAGUAUUGCUAAGGAGAAUCCUAUUUCCAAUGGUGGUUGAGGCUGUUUGGUUAUUGGUGAUGCUAAUGUUGCAGAAAUCAUAAACUUGUGUUUAACAGUUGAAGCCUGAAUUAUGGUGGCCAGUACCACAUGUACUGUCAACAGAACAGCACACAGUCAAGUUUUGCAUGUCAAGAGAGAUAACGUUGUAGGGAGUUCCCAUUGAACCCCCACCCGUCCCCCUGGAGAGGGAGGGGGAGAAAGAGGAGGAGGGCUGGAGGGGCUGUUAAAGUUGUUUUGUCUGAGACACAGGAAAGGGGCCGGGCUAAUUUGAGGCCGUCUGUUUUGAGUGUGUGUGUGUGUGUGUGUGUAUAUACUGUAUGUGUGUGUGCCUGCGCACAGUGGAACUAGAGAGAGGCAGUUAAUUCAAUACGCCCUGGCAGAAUAAAUCCUAACUGCUGAGUGAAGACAUCAUGUCUCACCUUCGGUGACCUUCUCCCCAACAUAAGGGGAAGGGAGAGAGAGGGGGAGCUGUAUAGACAUAGCUGGAGACUAGAUCAGGCUUCAAAUGUCUAAGGACUUUGCUCACAGUCACAUGUAGAUCCAUAUCCUCUCUUUCUGUCACCCACUCCCGUUCUCUGUCUCUCUCCGUCUCUCUCUUUCUCUGUCACACACACGCAUGCAUGGAGGCACACACACACAUUAAAUACUGUACAAACUCACUCCCCACCCCUAUUUUCACACACAAUUCAUCUCCCUGCCACACACACACCCUUUACCCUGCUGUUUCCAGAAUGUUCCAGGUACAGUCAGAACAGUAUUGACACCAGCAGCUGUAGUAGCAGAGUAAAGGGGACAUCAUAACACACUACAUGAGACUUAGUGUAGGGUGCGAAUGAUACAUUGACUCUUGGAGGUGCCCUGAAAUGUUCUCUAUAAAAACAAUUAGACUAUCAUGGGAGUGCUCGCGGUAAUAUGUUAAUAUUUUCUAGGCUUAUGAGAGUGCCCUGAUUUGGAAUGGGAGAAGCCAGUGUCACGGGCGCGAUCUAAACCUGGGUAUCUCAAGGUAGAAACCAAUGUCUUGGCUGUUAGGCCAAGGGUGAUGGUGACAAUGAGGGGCAUCACGAGACCAUGUGUCCGACUCAUGUCUGCUACAUUCAUCCCCCUUAGACCACCUCCUCCACAAGAGACUGACCCACAGUUUGGUGCCAUUAUCACGAACAGGAUCCGAACCCAGGUCUCCCACAGGAGAAACCAACAUCUUGACUGUUAGAUGGGCCGAGGGUGACACUUAUUUUGAAGUCCCAGGCAGGGCUACCUCAUCAUGAGACUCAUGUCCGCUACACCAGCAUCCCCGGUAACUCCUAUUAUUUGAUCUCUGACCUUUAGCCCAAGCGUGUAUGAACAGAGGUUACAGUCUCUUGUGUCUCUGUUCCUCUUCCAAAGACACCUCAUGAAAGUUUGUCAUGAGGUUCCAUCUUUGCUUCACCUGUGCGUCAAUCUAAGUAACAUAAUAAAAAAGAUUCCCAUCAAAAUCUGUCAAUUUAAGCUAGAGAGAUCCGUUUUUUGCUUGGGCUGCGUCUCAAUCCACCGCAUCCGCCUUUGUCGGCCUUCCGCAUCUGCGUUGGAAGAUGGCCGAGCUGUGUUUGUCAGACCAUGAGACGCAUCGAAAAUCGGUCUUCUCACAAAAACGAUGGUGUUCUCCGUUUUGCUCUACAACCCCCACAAGGGACUCCUCUGAAGGUAACCCAUACAAACAAAUAAAGUAUGGAGGUAGUUUUGUGCCAACAAAAAUAAGGGCUUAAAUAUGUGUAAAAAAAAACAAGCUUUCCAUAUCUCCUAGAUACAGGACAGACAAUUCAAAACCUUAUUUCUUAUGAUUUCUUUACUGUCUUUUUUGCCUUUUAUGCAUGUGUUAUUAAGUGUGUUUCUAUGGGCUAUAGUAGUAAAGGCCAAAUUCAAUAUUUUAUAAAUUCAAAAUCAAAUUGCAAAAUGACCAUCUUAAAACAAUUCCAUAUGUUAGCUUAGUACUCCAGCCCACCCCCCCUCCUCCAACGGCUUUGUCACGACUUCCGCCGAGGCUGCCUCCCCUCCUUGUUCGGGCAGGUUUCGGCGUUCGGCGUCACCGGCUUACUAGCUACUGCUGAUCCAUUUAUCAUCACUCCAUUUGUCUUGUCUUCAAUCACACACCCCUGGUCCUUAUUCCCUCAUUAGUCAUGGUAUAAGUGUUCCCUCUGCUUCCUUGUCUGUGUGGGUGAUUGUUUAUUGUGGAGGUUUGUGUAGCUCGGUGGAGCUCGUGUAUUGUGUAUCGAUGGGAGUAUUCUCCCGUGUGCCUUGUAUUUUCCAGUGCGCCUGUUUUGUGCCCUGGAGUGUGUUUGACGCAUUUCUGCGUAAUCCUGUAUUUUGCGGAUUAAAGCCUGUUAUUCUGUGAUUUACCCUUCUGCGCCUGACUUCUUCAACACCACCUCAUCACAGGCUUAGACUUUUAGAGGUUAAUCACAUUUAUUUUCAGUGUUUACCAAUAUGAUAUAUAACUGCCUAUUGAUUAAAACAUGCUGUCAUAUUGUACAGGAAUACAUGUAUUUUUGACAGUUGGGUCAAUCGUGCCUUUUGGGUAGUGUACUUUUGUAAAAUAAUAAACGUUUUAAUUUCAUCUAAUUUUAACAUUAUGUCAUAAAGAGCACGUGUUCUUCAUAAAAACAUGUUUGGUCCUCUGUAGCUCAGCUGGUAAAGCACGGCGCUUGUAACGCCAAGGUAGUGGGUUCGACCACCCAUACACAAAAAUGUAUGCACGCAUGACUGUAAGUCGCUUUGGAUAAAAGCGUCUGCUAAAUGGCAUAUUAUAUUAUAUUAUAAAAGGUUAAAUAAAAAAAUGACUAUAGUAAGUGCCUAUUAACUGCCAAAUAAAGUAACAGGGUUGAAGUUUUCAUCUUAAAUCAGCCAAAUCAGCUUGUUGUUUGCAUCAGGGAGGGACAAUUAAAUGCAAGCUUCAUAAAGAAAUGUUGUUUGUUAAAGCCCCAAGGCAGUCUUUUUACUUUCCUUUUUAAAUCAUCACUGUACUAUAUGUCUAAUAAAUCACUGUGUGUGUUUAUUUCGUGAAAAUAACUCUAAAUAUAUUUUUUACCAUUUAUUUUCCAGAGCCUCCUUUUGCCAUUGAAAUGCUCAGUUUGAUCCUGUGGGUGUGUUGAUACACAUUUUUAUAUAUUUACAUACACAGCCCAGAUAGGAUUGUCUACACUCUAUCUAGAACCUAAAAGGGUUCUUCGGCUGUCCCUAUAGAAGAACCCUUUGAAGAACUCUUUUUGGGUCCAGGUAGAACCCUUUUGGUUCCAGGUAGAACUCCUGGGUUCCAUGUGGAGCCCUUUCCACAGAGGGUUCUACAUAGAACCAAAAAGUGUUAUACCUUGAACCAAAAAGGGUUCUCCUAUGGGGAGUGUAGACUCUAGAGCAGGGCACUCCAACCCUGUAUCUGGAGAGCUACCGUCCUGUAGGUUUUCACUCCAACCCUAAUCUAGUACACCUGAUUCUAAUAAUUAGCUGGUUGAAAAGCUGAACCAGGUUAGUUACAACUGGGGUUGGAUCGAAAACCUACUGGAGGGUAGCUCUCCAGGAACAGGGUUGGGGACCCCUGUUCUAGAGCCUACCCCACUUACCCCUUCAAAGUAGGAGGAUACAUAUGCAAAUAAAAGAUGACUGGUCAUUGGUCAGAAUAAUCAGAUCAGAUUGUGAUGUCAUAAUGUGGGCAAAAAACUCCAUCCCUCCUUGAAUUACCCUCUCUCUCUCUCUUUCUCUCUGUCUCUAUCUCCAGGUUGCAGGGAGGAAAGGCUUCCCCCAUGUGAUCUACGCUCGACUAUGGCGCUGGCCAGACCUGCACAAGAAUGAGCUAAAGCACGUCAAGUUCUGUCAAUACGCUUUCGACCUCAAAUAUGACAAUGUGUGUGUCAACCCCUACCACUACGAGAGAGUGGUUUCGCCCGGCAUUGGUAGGUCUGUUCAACAGCUUAAAGGGAUAGUUCGCCCUAUAUCGCGUAAUGUCAAAUGGUGCAGGUGUUUCUGAUACGUAAAUACUAUGUUUUCUGUUAUAACAUGACAAAAAUUACAGUAGCUAGGUUUCCAUCCAGGUGGCGACAGAUUUUCAUGCAAAUAUUCUGAAGUCCGCAGAAAAACAAUAUGCGUUUUCCCAGCAGAGAUGUUUCAAUCAAAUGUACUUUCUGUGGAUAAAAAGCUGUGCGUGAUGACAUAAAAAAAAAAAAAAGUUUCCAUCGCAUUUUCAAUACUACUGAUGGUUUUGUCCCCAAAUGUUUUUCUAAUAAUAAGCGUAUGUGCCCGUUCGGUUCUUGGCACGUGCGCUCUAGCCAUCAGCUCCCAGAUACAGUGCAAGUAGGCUACCUACAUGAUGAGAUUAUUAUGGAUAAGAGCAAGAUUUGAUAUUUGUCAAACGCCAGCCAAGCAUCAAUCAUCAUCUAACCAGAAUUAGACCCUCAAUAUUUAUUGGAAAAGAGCAUCAAGCUCAUCAGCGUGCACUUUCACCACCCUGUGAAGUUCAACAUAACUUAUUUCAUGUGUUGCCUAAUAAACUGCAAGCUUUCCCGAGUCGUAAUGGAAAGACCACACAACAUAUCAUCGCGUGACUCCCAAGUUUACUUCGAUAUGAUGGUUAUUAUAUCAAUAUUUGUGCACAUAAUACAUUUUACAGACACAAAAAGAUCCCACCUUGUGUAGCGUAUUUUGUUUUGUCGACAUAUGGAAAGUUUACCGACAAAUUUGCUGUUUCCAUCAGGCCUGUUGUGACAUUUUCUAUCCAACAUGGACUUUACUCGCAUAAAAAGGUUUAUGUGAAUGAUAUUUUGACAAUUUAACUUAACUACAAAUGAUAAGCAUUUUCUCUCUCUUAUUCCCUCUUUUGUUUUCUUUCUUUUGUUCUCUUUCAAAGUUGGUCUCAGUCUUCAAAAUACAGGUGAGUGCACUAUCUCAGUACUAACGAACUUACUGCAGGCUUGUUUAGUAUAACAGUAUUAUACUUUGCUGAUGGUAUUAGAUGACCAAACAUUCCUCUUUCCUUUCAGUCCUACACCCUUUUCACACUACUGAGCCUAGCUGCACUGUGCUGGUCUGGCUAAGCAUCCACCAUAGUUGCUGGAACUGUGCUGGAAAGGACAAUGUGAAAAGAAAAAAAUUCAAGUCAAUAGUGUGAAAAUAGUACUAUUGAGGUUCGCUCGUGCCUCACUGGCCUGGAUGCCAGACUGUUUCUGCAUUAAUUUGACAUUUUUUACAUUUUAGUCAUUUAGCAGACGCUCUUAUCCAGAGCCGACUUACAGUUAGUGAGUGCAUACAUUUUCAUACUGGCCCCCCGUGGGAAUCGAACCCACAACCCUGGCGUUGCAAACGCCAUGCUCUACCAACCAAUGAAUUUAUAGUUGCCUAGCCAAAAAUGACUUGCAUUCAUUACAAAGCAUUGAACGUUUUAAUGUUCAUAAUUGCAUAAAUGCAUUCACAAUGCAUUACACACAGGUGGUUAAUAAUAUAAUACAGGUUUUAUACCUGUUAAUACAGGUGGUUAAUGCAUUACACACAGAUGGUUAUAUAUUUUACUUAAGCUAAAAUGUUUAUUCUACUGAGCCAUUUACUUCAUGUUCGUAUUAUUAUUUCUUAUUGUUGCAUUGUCGAGAAGGAACCUGCAAGUUAGUGUUUCGUUGGACGGUGUAAACCAUGUGUAUCCCCUACAUACGACUAAUAAAAAUUGAAACUAAUGUUAUACCAUGUUGUUGGCAGCCCUCUCCCUCUCUCCUCUAGGCCCCCCUGGGAGGUUGAUCAAAGAGGAGUACAUUCAUGACUGUAUCCAGAUGGAAAUGCCACCAGGCAUGUCCCCGUCGGACCACCCCCACUCUCACCCCCACCCAGGGGCGCUCAAGCUACCGCCUCCGGACCACUACGGCCAGCCCCUCCCGCCUCUGCAGCUCCCGCCGGAACCGCAGCGCGCCCCUCCGCCCAUCACCCUCUACCCCAACAUGCCCCUCUCGCCCACAGGUAAGACCGAUAGUUGUUUAAUGAAUGGAGGGAGUUUUACGCACAUCCAACAUAAUAACGGGAACUAGACCAAAAUAAGUUCCAAUACAUAGAGAAAAAUGGAAUGUCCGCUCCUGUUUUGCUGCUCCCUAAGGUGAUCUUUUAAUAAAGCUUAGGUGAUUGUUUGGCAGAUAGAUGUUACCAAAGAUGUCCAUAAGUGUUCUAUUUCUGUUUCUAAGGGUGUUACUGCGUAAUCCCAUUAUAUUAAGUUUUGUUUAUUGAUUGCUGCCUACCUAUUGAUAUUGACAACAACCUGGUAGCUCUUCGUGUGGGUCUCUCUCUCCUCUCUAGUAUCCGGCUCUAUGCUGCCUCUCCAGGGAGGUCACAGUGAGGGGCUCCUACAGAUCGCCUCUCCUCAGGGUCAGGUCAUGACCCCCAUGACCCCUAUGACCCCCACGCCGCCCCCCUCCACCCCAACACACGGCCCGCCACAUGGGCCACCACAGACCCCCCAGCCACCCCAGCCGCCGCCUGGUCAGAAUGGAUACAACAGCUCCAAACACACACAGACACAGGCUGCGUUCCACAGUUAGUACUGCCAUACGGUUCACACACACAAACACAAACACACACACACACACACACACACACACACACACACACACACACACACACACACACAAACAAACACUCAGGGAGCAAUACACAAGUCAUUUCAAUGGCAUGAUGAAUCGUCAUAUUUAAAAAGUGUAAAAAUAAAUCGAAAUAGUUGUAAAAAUGCAAAAUGGUAGUUUGCCUGAUUGAUGACUUGUGCCUGUUGUUAAUUUGUAUUUCUUGUUUUGGAAUUCAGCAACUUGGACAGGCAGCAGCACAGCCUCAUACACUCCUGUAGGACCCCAACAACAGAAUGGGUGUGGCCACCAACAGCCUCCUCUCCACCAUCCAACCCACUUCUGUAAGUUAGGCAGUUACAGUAAGUUAUAGUAUGCAAGCCCAAAGUGUGUCUUUAUCUCUUCUGAGGUGCUUGGAUAUUGUUAGGAAUAGUUAGGGCUGGGCGAUAUGGCCAAAAUAUCAUAUCAUGGUUCUUUUAAAAUUUUGGACGGUAUUUUAUGUUUUUGAAUAAUACAAGUUCUAAAUUUGCUUUAUGAGUAGAGCUUGACCCUAGUGUGGCAACACAUACAUUCUAAGUGAUUUCAAUGGGUCUUCCUCCAUUCUGAUAGUUUUAUACUGUUCAGUUCAACUUCAACCAAAAACAAUUGAAAGAUUUCUGCAUUUCCUGCACUCAUUUGGGAUAAUUUCCACACUGUCACGUAGGGCUGCACGAUAUGGGCAAACAAUCUAGGCCUUAUUUUUAACCAAAUGUUGAAAUAGCGAUUUGACUUGCGAUUUAGAGCAAAACACUUUGGCGAACUGUUGGAAUCAUGGAAAUAGAAUGAUUAUUCUAAUUCUAUAGUUAGAAUAUAAAAGUGGGCACUUUGAAUACAGUGUUUGACAUGACAACGAAUGAAAAUGCCAGGGAGAAGUUAUUGUGACAGGGUAGGAACCAAAGUGUUAUGUGUUUCCUAGGGGACACUAUAAUCUUUGUCUACAUUUAAUGUUUUCUCAUAGCUACUUCAUGUAGCUAACAUAUUCAUGCUUCGCAUAUUCUUCUUUGAUUUAGAAGAUAUUGUUGACUCUGUAAAUGUAUUAGUUAGCUAACUAGUGAUUUAUUUAUUUUAUUAACCCUUAUUUUACCGGGUAAGUUGACUGAGAACAUAUUCUAAUUUACAACAACAACCUGGGCAAUAUUUACAGGGGAGAGAAGGGGGGAUGAAUGAGCCAAUUGGAAGCUGGGGAUGAUUAGGUGGCCAUGAUGGUAUAAGGGCCAGAUUGGGAAUUCAGCCAGGACACCAGGGUUAACAGCCCUACUCUUACGAUAAGUGCCAUGGGAUCUUUAGUGACCACAGAGAGUCAGGACACCCGUUUAAUGUCCCAUCCAAAAGACAGCACCCUACACAGGGCAAUGUCCCCAAUCACUGCCCUGGGACAUUGGGAUAUUUAUUUAGACCAGAGGAAAGAGUGCCUCCUACUGGCCCUUCAGCACCACUUCCAGCAGCAUUUGGUCUCCCAUCCAGGGACCGACCAGGAUCAACCCUACUUAACUUCAGAGGCAAGUCAGCAGUGGGAUGCAGGGUGGUAUGCUGAUUAGCAUUAGCGGCUAACACAAUUUAGGCCCAACUUGCUAAGAAAAGAAGAAACACAAACUAAUAGUGUAAUUAUAGAACGCUAGUGGAUUUCUAUUAAGAAGCAAAGUGAAAACAGCAUCGUUGUCAUCAAUGUUGUUGCUUGUGCUGCAUUGACCAUGCAGACCGAAUACAUGUGACGGGGCGGGGCUAGGUCUGUGUGGAAAGUGGCAUGGAGAGAGAGAGAGUGGCGAGAGAUGAUUCAAGUAUCGGAGUAAACUGCAAAAAUGUACGUUACACAUGGCAUAUCACAUUUAACAAACCAAACAUUCAAAUACCGUUAUAGAAGGUCAAGUAAAAACCCAAAUCGGUCCGUGCAUCAAUACCGGUAUAUCGUAAAAUGCGGUAUACCGCCCAGCCCUAGGAAUAGUGUAUGUUUGGUAACCUGUGUCGUAAUCUAAGUAUUUUACUUGUUCACCUUCUAGGGUCUCAGCAUCAUGGCUCGGCCUCAUUUCCUCCCCCUGUGUCCAAUCAUCCAGGUAAGACAACACAUACAGUGCAUUUGGAAAGUAUUCAGACCCCUUGACUUUUCCACAUUUUGUUACGUUACAGCCUUAUUCUGAAAUUGAUUAAAUAAAUGUAUUCCCUCAUCAAUCUACAGAAAAUACCCCAUAAUGACAAAGCGAAAACAGGUUUUUAGAAUUACCUUAUUUACGUAAGUAUUCAGACCCUUUGCUAUGUGACUCGAAAUUGAGCUCAGGUGCAUCCUGUUUCCAUUGAUCAUCCUUGAGAUGUUUCUACAACUUGAUUGGAGUCCACCUGUGGUAAAUUCAAUUGAUUGGACAUGAUUUGGAAAGGCACACACCUGUCUAUAUAAAGGUCCCACAGUUGACAGUGCAUGUCAGAGCAAAAACCAAGCCAUGAGGUCGAAGGAAUUGUCCGUAGAGCUCUGAGACAGGAUUGUGUCGAGGCACAGAUCCGGGGAAGGGUACCAAAAAAUGUCUGCAACAUUGAAGGUCCCCAAGAACACAGUGGCCUCCAUCAUUCUUAAAUGGAAGAGGUUUGGAACCACCAAGACUCUUCUUAGAGUUGGCUGCCCGGCCAAACGGAGCAAUCGGGGGAGAAGGGCCUUGGUCAGGGAGGUGACCAAAAACCUGAUGGUCACUCUGACAGAGCUCUAGAGUUCCUCUGUGGAGAUGGAAGAACCUUCCAGAAGGACAACCAUCUCUGCAGCAAUCCACUAAUCAGGCCUUUAUGGUAGAGUGGCCAGACGGAAGCCAUAAGCACCUAAAGGACUCUCAGGCCAUGAGAAACAAGAUUCUCUGGUCUGAUGAAACCAAGAUUGAACUCUUUGGCUUGAAUGCCAAGCGUCACGUCUGGAAGAAACCUGGCACCAUACCUACGGUGAAGCAUGGUGGUGGCAGCAUCAUGCUGUGGGGAUGUUUUUCAGGUGCAGGGACUGGAAGACUAGUCAGGAUCGAGGGAAAGAUGAACGGAGCAAAGUACAGAGAGAUCCUUGAUGAGGAUCUGCUCCAGAGCGCUCAGGACCUCAGACUGGGGCAAAGGUUCACAUUCCAACAGGACAAUGACCCUAAGCACACAGCCAAGACAACGCAGGAGUGGCUUCGGGACAAGUCUCUGAAUGUCCUUGAGUGGCCCGGCCAGAGCCCGGACCUGAACCUGAUCGAACAUCUCUGGAGAGACCUGAAAAUAGCUGUGCAGCGGCGCUCCCCAUCCAACCUGACAGAGCGUGAGAGGAUCUACAGAGAAGAAUGGGAGAAACUCUCCAAAUACAGGUGUGCCAAGCUUGUAGUGUCAUACCCAAGAAGCCUUGAGGUUGUAAUCGCUGCCAAAGGUGCUUCAGCAAAGUACUGAUUAAAGGGUCUGAAUACUUAUAUAAAUGUGAUAUUUCAGUUUUUCAUUUUUUAUAAAUUUGCAAACAUAAAAAAAAAAAAGUUUUUGCUUUGUCAUUAUGGGUAUUGUUUGUAGACUGAUGAGGGGAAAAAACAAUUUCAUCCAUUUUAGAAUAAGGCUAUAACGCAACAAAAUGUUGAAAAAGUCAAGAGGUCUGAAUACUUUCCGAAUGCACUGUAUGUAGAUGUAUAGAUGCAAAAGCAUGCACGCACACACAAACACUCUGCUAACCACAUUAUUGUCUGUGUGCAGGACCAGAGUUCUGGUGCUCCAUCUCCUACUUUGAGAUGGAUGUCCAGGUGGGGGAGAUGUUCAAAGUGCCGGCCAGCUGCCCAGUGGUGACUGUGGAUGGCUACGUGGACCCCUCAGGGGGCGACCGCUUCUGUCUGGGCCAGCUCAGCAACGUCCACCGCACAGACUCCAGCGAGAGAGCCAGGUCUGUGCUCCUCUAGUGCUAUCCCUAUAUCAAUAAGCAUGCUAGUACUUACCUUGCCACAAAUUUGUAUUUUGUAUGCUUUUAUAUGUGUCUGUGUUGUUUUGGCUCAGAAAUGUUGAUUGGUAUAUCUAUGCCUUUUUGCAAACUAUGUGUAUAUCUCUCAUUCAUAAUCAUGCCAUGCCUUGUCUCUAUCUGUUUUUACCUGUGGCAGAAGACCCACUAGCUAAAUGCAACUUAUUUUAUUGACUGAAAUAUAACACUAUAACAGUAUAACACUAUAUAUAUAUAUAUAUAUAUAUAUAUAUAUAUAACACUAACUUAUAUUCACUUGUACUCAGCAUCUUCAUCUCUCCCUCUCUCUCACAGGUUGCACAUAGGUAAAGGAGUGCAGCUGGAGUGUCGUGGCGAGGGAGACGUGUGGAUGCGCUGUAUGAGCGACCACGCCGUGUUCGUGCAGAGCUACUACCUAGACCGAGAGGCAGGCAGAGCGCCAGGCGACGCAGUACACAAGAUCUACCCCGGCGCCUACAUCAAGGUAAGGAACACAAUGACCUCUGUCUGUUCUCUUUGCAGUUGUUUGACCUCUGACCUCUCCCUAUAGGAAUUUGACUGGACACUGAUGUCUCUCUGUAGGUGUUCUGACAUUAGACUGUUCUCUCCCCUGUAGGUGUUUGACCUGAGACAGUGUCACAGGCAGAUGCAGCAGCAGGCAGCUACAGCGCAGGCAGCAGCAGCAGCUCAGGCUGCCGCCGUGGCAGGCAACAUCCCCGGGCCAGGCAGUGUUGGAGGCAUUGCCCCUGCAGUCAGUAAGUACAUUGUACAGUAUAUGAGAUAUGCACAGCCUUAGUGUCUUUUAUUAAACAUUUUCCAUUAGGCUAUUGUGAAUUUAUUGCCUCUGUUGAAGUGUUAUUCUUUUGAAGAGAAUGGGUCCAAGUAUUGACCCCUGUGGGACACCCCAUUUCUCUUUUAAUCUACACUGAAUAUACCAAACAUUAGGAACACCUUCCUAAUAUGGAGUUGCUCCCCCGCUCCUUUUGUCCUCAUAACAGCCUCAAUUUGUCGGGCAUGGAGUCUACAAGGUGUCGAAAGCGUUCCACAAGGGUGCUGGCCCAUGUUGACCCAAAUGCUUCCCACAGUUUGGUUAAAUUGGCUGAAUGUCCUUUGGGUGGUGGACCAUUAUCUAUACACAAGGGAAACUGUUGAGCGUGAAAACCCAGCAGCGUUGCAGUUCUUGACAAACUGGUGCGCUACCAUACCCCGUUCAAAGGCACUUAAAUAUUUUGUCUUGCCCGUUCACCCUCUGAAUGGCACACAUACACAAUCCAAGUCUUAAUUGUCUCAAGGCUUAAAAAUCCUUCUUUAACCUGUCUCUUCCCUUUCAUCUACUCUGAUUUAAGUGGAUUUAAUAAGUGACAUCAAUAAGGGAUCAUAGCUUUCACCUGGAUUCACCUAGUCAAUCUAUCUCAUAGAAAGAGCAGGUGUUCUUAAUGUUUUGUAUACUCAGUGUAUACCUCAUAGGGAUUGGCACAAUUAUUCAAAUAUUUGAAUAUCCAAACAGACGUUAGUGUUCGAUUACUUGAGAGAGUAUACUUUUUUUUUUGUACAAAAUAUAUAGGCUCAUUUUAACAAUUUUAAGGCUUUCUCGAUUAAAUAAAAUGAUAUAUUUGACAUUGCUACACAGAAGGAUAUACCAUGACAUUUUCAAUUCUUAAUUUUAUAAAACCACAAACUUUUGAAUGUAGUUUUUAUGACGUGCGCCCCAUAAAAAGGAAUACCUCAGCCUACACAGGUUAUACGUGUGUAGCUUGUUGUUGUUGGCACUACAGUCAGAGGCUCCAUGUGUAUCAAGUGAAGUGGGAGAUUUCUAAUCAAUGCUAAAUGGAAUUACAAUUAAGUUGACUAAAUGAAAAGGCUACAAUGAUCAACCAACAGGUAGGCUGUUGUUUAAUAUGAGUGGAGUUGUUGUAGACAAGGACUGGGAGCGCAGCAAAAUAGCCUCAAUUAGCCAGCUAGCUAGCUGGCUAACUUAGCUGGCUAACUUAGCUAGCUAGCUUCUUUACAUCGAUUUGAUGCAGUCAAGACAGGCACUACCAGAUGGUAUGAUAGGAACCUAUGGAAGCAACAAGUUUGUCUAACUAGCGUGAGUCGGUUUGGCUACUUUUCUCUCUCCCUCUCUCUCCAUGCCACACAGACUGUCACACACACCAGCCCCUGCUCCUCUUCCGCUGCUCCCCCAUCCUUCUGCUGAAACAAGCAUACACUCUUAGAACAAAAUAUGCUAUCUAGAACCUAAAAGGGUUCUUCGGCUGUCCCCAUAGGAGAACCCUUUGCAGAACCCUUUUUGGUUCCAGGUAGAACACUUUUGUUUCCAGGUAGAACCCUAUUGGGUUCUAUGUUGAACCCUUUCCCCAGAGGAUUUUACAUGGAACCCAAAAGAGUUCUACCUGGAACCAAAAAGGGUUAUCCUAUGGGGACAGCUGAAGAACCCUUUUGGAACCCUUUUUUCUAAGAGUGUAGCGCACCGGCUCCCUCCCGAGUCACGCGAGCAACUCCCCAUGUGAAGUUUUCUUUUAAAAACAUGUAUUUCGACUAUCCGGAAAAAAAUCAUGAUAUUAUUCUAAUAGUGAAAUCCUUUCAAAUGCCCAUCCCUAAUACCUCACUUCCUCUCUCUUCCAGGUCUUUCUGCAGCAGCAGGGAUAGGUGUGGAUGACCUCCGGAGGCUGUGUAUCCUGCGGCUGAGCUUUGUGAAGGGCUGGGGGCCCGACUACCCCCGGCAGAGCAUCAAACAUACCCCGUGUUGGGUGGAGGUCCACCUGCACCGGGCCCUGCAGCUGCUGGACGAGGUACUACACACCAUGCCCUUGGCCGACCCAGGACCCGCUAACUGA